AUGACAGAAGUGAAAGGAACUUCCAUCAUUAAAGGUUCACGAACAAUGCAAAUAACGGGAAUAUAUAAAGGUAAAGCAAUCAUUAUUAAAGAUUCAUACACUGUUAUAAAUAAGAAGCUUAAACUAUUUCCUGAAAUGUUUCAUUUGCAGUGUGGUGAAAAGGAAAUAUUUCCGUAUCAAUAUUAUUCAAGCUCUUUAUUAGCAAAUGACAACAGAACUGGUGUCAUUUCUGAAGCGUGUAAGUUUAUCCAGGAUGCGGAUACGUUCAUGAAAAACAUAGAUUCCAUCAAAGGUUGCAGAAUAGAUGAAAACCACUUCGACUUAGAAAAGUAUAGUACAUUCUAUUGCAAACAAGAUGUAAGAAUUUUAAGAGAAGGUUUUGUUAAGUUCCGCAAUGAUAUAUUAAAAGAAUUUGAUUUAAACGUUUAUGACUACGUUAGUAUUUGUUCAAUUGCUAACAAAUUGUUUGAGAACAGAGUAUACUUCCCGAAUGGAAAUUUAUAUGACCUCUCAAAUAAACCAAGAGAAUUUAUUUCACACUGUAUUCAAGGUGGAAGAUGUAUGCUGUCAGAUAACAUGAAACAAAAGAGUGAAAAGAAACUCAUUGCUGACUUCGACGCUGUUUCAUUAUAUCCAUCAGCUAUAGCAAGACUUUAUACUUUAGAAGGUAUUCCAAAGGUUAUGAAGAAAGAAAUGUUAAGCACAGAGUAUCUCAUGAGACAUUUAUUCGAUGACGACCAAAAGGAACCCAUUGGUGAAAAGUUUAUGUCUGGCUUCUUUGUUCUCAUUAAGAUAACAGAGAUUGGAAUACAUAGACACUUUCCUUUAAUAGUUUGUGACCCUGAACUAAAUCCAGAACUUAACGUUCCCAGAAGUUCAAACACUUGCCGUUUAAUGUAUGUUGACCAUAUAACAUUACAAGACCUCAUAAAAUAUCAAGGUGUCAAAUGUGAAGUGUUGCAAGGAUACUAUUACGAUGGAAACAGAGAUAUUAGAAUAAGAGAUGAAGUAAAGAAGUUGUUUGAGUUAAGGUUAAAGUAUAAGAAAGAAGGAAAUCCUUUGCAAGAAAAUAUAAAGCUCAUUCUGAACAGUAUUUAUGGCAAAACUAUUCUAUCUCCUAUUGAGUCAAAAAUAACCAUAGUAAAUGACAAAGAUGCUCUAAGAUAUGCCAUCAGAAACUACAACCAUAUAGUGAAGUUCGAAGGUUUGGAUGGUUCAGAUAAAACUAUUUUCAAGCUAACGAAAAGCAUUUGCAGACACUUUAACUUCUGUCCACUUGGUGUUAACAUUCUGUCUAUGUCGAAGAGAAUAAUGUGUGAAGUAUUCUGUACUGCUGAAGAUAUGGGACUUCAAAUAUUUUACCAGGACUGUGAUAGCAUGCAUAUUUUCAAUGAAGACAUACCAAAGCUUGCAGCAGAGUUUAAGAAGAGAUACGGUCGCGAACUUAUAGGAAAGAACCUUGGUCAAUUUCAUUCUGACUUCGCAGAAAUAACACCUGGAAAACAAAGUUUAGCAUACAAGUCAAUAUUUUGUGGAAAGAAGACUUACAUAGACUUACUCACGAAUGAUUUAAAUGAAGUUGCAUUUCAUGCACGUUGCAAAGGUGUCAAACAAGACGUCCUUGCUUUAACAGCAAAUGAAAUGUUUCCUGAAGCUAUACAAUGCUAUUACAAUGAAGAUAAGAACAUUCACAUACCUGUUGGAACAUAUGACAAAGACUCUGAGUUCAGUUUAAUGAAACUUUACAAAGCACUUCAUGACGGUCAAGAGAUUGCAUUCGACUUAUGUAAGUCUGCUACACCUGCAUUUGAAGAGAAGUUUAACUUUUCUAUUCAGACUAAGACUUCAUUCAUAAGAAAGCUUAAGUUCUGA